CAGUUAGGACACAAGUUCUUUCUUGCUUGAAACCGCGUUUCCACCGUCUACAUAUGAUUUUGAUUCACUCUCUCAAAAUGUGUUUUACAAUUUUGGAGUUCUACUCUUCUCUCUCUCUCUCUCUCUCUCUCUCUCUCUCUCUCUCUCUCUCUCUCUCUGUGCUGAUAUGCAAUUAUGCGUAGCAUAGUUAUAUAGUGUGCAUGGCAUUUUCCUUGGUCUUAUUCAAAGUUUAUAACAUGCGAUCAAGCAGACCAUCGUCCCAUCCUUACUUGUUCAUCUUCACAUCCUUCAUCUUCAUCUCCAUACAAACUUCUUCUUGUGUUGGCAACGAGCAAUAUGUAAAGUACUGCAACAGACCGUUUCUAUGCGCCACAUUCCAAACCCCACGUCCCAUAUUGCGGUUCACUGCGCUACAGCCGCAGUUGGUGGUGCCAUCACGACAGUUGGCUGAGUCACCACGAGGAACUCCGGUUCUUUAUAAGUAUUGUAACGCUACCGGAACUAGUGUGAAUUGUUCUGAGCCAACUCUAAUUCCCCGUGCUGAUUCUCCACAAUCCCCGACUGUACCAUCAGUACUAUUCCCAGUUUCUCCACAAUCCUCGUUUUCGCCAGUACCACCGCCCAUUGUGCCACCAGGAGUCCCAAGUUUGGUUUCUCCACAAUCCUCGUUUUCGCCAGCACCACCGCCCAUUGUGCCACCAGGAGUCCCAGAACCACCUUCAAAGAGCAAUUGGUGGCUGAAAUUUGGAAUUGGCAUUAUUUCUGCAGCUGUGGUUGGGAUUGUAGUAAUCUCUUUUGUAAUUAUCUACAAAGUUAAGAGAAGGCACUUCUCAAGUAAUACAUUAAUGGUCCGCUGGAAAAGUGGUGCAAAGAAUUAUCAAAUCAUUGAUGAGGAAUUCAUAAAGAAGUACGGAUCAAUAGCCCCAAAGCGAUAUACUUAUUUAGAUGUGAAGAAAUUGACCAACUCAUUCAAAGAAAAAGUAGGACAAGGAGGAUAUGGUGUUGUAUACAAAGGGAAGCUACCUGAUGGGCGAAUGGUGGCAGUGAAAAUUCUGAACGCAUCCAAAGGUAAUGGAGAAGAAUUUAUCAACGAAGUGGCAAGCAUUAGUAGAACAUCGCAUGUUAAUAUAGUCACUCUUCUAGGUUUUUGCUAUGAGAGGACUAAAAGAGCUUUAAUCUAUGAAUUCAUGCCUAAUGGAUCUCUUGAUAAGUUCAUAUAUGAUAAAGGAUCUUCAAUUACAAAUUGUCACUUGGACAGCAAGACUAUGUUCCAAAUUGCAGUUGGCAUUGCUCGAGGACUAGAAUACUUGCACCGAGGUUGUAACACAAGGAUCCUACAUUUUGACAUAAAACCACAAAAUAUACUUUUGGAUGAAGAUUUGCGCCCAAAAAUCUCUGAUUUUGGCCUUGCUAAACUAUGCAAAACAAAAGAGAGUAUUGUGUCAAUAACAGGCAUGAAAGGAACGGUUGGUUUCAUUGCACCCGAAGUAUUUAGUCGGAACUUUGGUGGAGUCUCUCACAAGUCUGACGUUUACAGCUACGGAAUGUUGGUUCUUGAAAUGCUUGGAGGAAGAAAAAACUUUGAUAGCGGACUCUCUCAUACCAGUGAGACAUAUUUUCCACACUGGAUUUAUACGAAACUUGAACAGAGCAAAAAUUGUACUACUUUUGAGGAUAUAACAGAAGAGGCGGAAGAAGAGACAACAAAAAAGAUGAUUAUAGUUAGUCUCUGGUGCAUUCAGACCAAUCCUUCAGAUCGGCCAUCAAUGGGUAAAGUGAUAGAGAUGUUAGAAGGGACCCUUCAAUCCUUACCAUUUCCACCAAAGCCUUUCUUGGAUUCACCUACCAGGUCACCUUAAGAUUCAACCAUGACUUCAUAGUCAUAAAAAUCCAACAUUUAAAAUUGGUGCAAUUGUAUCAAAAAUUCAAAGAAGAAUAGAUGAUCUUAUUGCUGUGCA